GUGACUAAUGCCUGUCAUAUGACUGUGACACCCAUGGAGACAGUUACAAGGAACAAGAUUUGCUCUUGGAUUUGAAAAGAAGAGACGUUCUGUACCGACUUUACAGUGGUACAAAAUGCCUCCGACUCUCUUCCAGAAACUUUUUAAUAAGAGAAAUGCGUUUUCGUCGCCGCCCCCGAGAUGUAGCAAAGAAGACCCAGCUUUCAGCUGGCCAGUCCCCCAGCUGGAGCCCAGUCAGAUCAGGCUGAUCGUCUACCAGGACUGUGAGAGGCGCGGCAGAAAUGUCCUCUUCGACUCCAAUGCCAAAAAGAGGGGCACGGAGGAAACCCCCAUCACUAGCACUGAGGGCCAGGUGAAGAUGUUCGGGAAAUGCUGCCAGCUCCGUCCUACAGGAGGCAGCAGCAGUUCCCUGGACAGCUCCUCCUCCUGCACCUCCGAAACAAAGGAAACCAAGGAGCAGGGCAUGCGUUUCCAGGGUUCAAGGUGUUCCUCCGAUGUUGUGAUGCUGGGAGAAAUGAUGUUCGGCUCUGUGGCUAUGAGCUACAAAGGUUCCACACUAAAAAUCCACCAGAUCAGAUCGCCACCUCAGCUGAUGCUGAGUAAGGUCUUCACCGCCAGGACGGGAGGCAGCGUGUAUGGCAGCCUCAACACGUUACAGGACAGCCUGGAGUUCAUUGGACAGGACAGCAACACCCUAAGGCCUGAUCAAAACACCGGGCCCAACAGUCUCCUAGGGAACAUAGGAUUUUCUCAGCUCUGCAGCCCUCGACGGGCCUUCUCUGAACAAGGGCCUCUGCGCCUCAUCAAGAGCGCAUCUUUCUUUUCAGGCCACAGUCACCCCAUGGACAUGCCUGGCCGAGGGCUUUACGAUGAGAGGGACAGCGGCAUCGCCAGGUCAGCAUCUCUGAGCAGCCUGUUGAUCACUCCCUUCCCGUCACCUGGCUCCUCCCUGACCAGCAGCUGUGCAUCCAGCUACCAGCGGCGGUGGCUCCGCAGCCAAACAACGAGCCUGGAAAAUGGUGUCUUCCCCCGAUGGUCAGUUGAAGAGAGCUUCAACAUGUCUGACGAAAGCGGAGGACCAAGCCUCGGCGUGGCUCGGAAGAAGAAGAUUGCCAUCGGCGUCAUCUUCAUGCUGUCCCCCAACCCUGAGGAGAAUAACCGCUUCCAGGAUUUCUUUUUCUCCCACUUCCCUCUCUUUGAAAGCCACAUGAACAAACUCAAGAGCGCCAUCGAACAGGCCAUGAAGAUGAGUCGGCGGUCAGCUGAUGCCAGCCAGAGGGCCUUGGCUUACAGCCGAAUGGUGGAUGGACUCAACGAGUUCAGGAUGACCAUCUGCGACCUCUACACCAUGCCCCGUGUGGCUGAGCCCGUCUGGUUGACCAUGAUGUCUGGAGCGUCGGAGAAGAACCAGCUCUGCGGUCAAUUCAUGAGGGAGCUCUCCCUGCUGAUGGAGCAGGCCUCCAAGAACCAAUUCCUCCCUGCAUUAUUGACAGCCAUCCUGACCAAUCAUCUGGCCUGGGUGCCCACCGUCAUGCCCAAUGGGCAACCUCCAAUCAAGAUUUUCCUUGAGAAACACUCCUCUAAGAGCGUCGACAUGCUGGCAAAGACGCACCCUUACAACCCACUCUGGGCCCAGCUAGGUGACCUGUACGGGUCCAUUGGGUCACCGGUGCGGUUGUCAAGGACAGUGGUAGUUGGUCGCAGACAAGAGCUGGUCCAGAAACUCCUCUAUGUCCUCACCUACUUCAUCCGCUGUUCUGAGCUGCUGGAGACUCACAUGCUGGACAGCGCUGAGGAUGAGGCUAUUGUGAUGCCUGGUUCCCUCAUCACCACUUCCCUAAGGAAAGGAGAGGUGGAAGAGUCAGACUAUGUCCUGGUAACUGUCCAUAAACCCAGCGGCGACUAUUUGUCCCAAGGAGCCCACGGCCAGCAGAUUGAAGCAGAGGACAGCAGCUACCGCUCAGACAACAGCCUUCAGAGCAGCACAUACACAGACACAGAGGUGGAGCACGGUGCCGGAGACACACCAAAGGAAGAAGAUGAAGACGAGGAAGACGAGGAGGACAGCAGUGAGAGUCAGGGGUCCAGGAGCAGUGUGCUUCAGACGGGACACAGCCAGGGUAACAACCCCAUUAUCAGGACUGCAGAAGCAGCUGAGCCCGGGGAGCUGCACAGGGAGUUUAGCAGCUCACCGGUCACGGAGGCUCUACUGGAGACGGUGCUGCGAGUCGGCUCGGCCUCUGCCAGGGAGCAGGUCUGUGUGCAGGAUACAGAGACCACACCCAAUCUGCAACUUAUCAUCCCAUCCAUACCCACAAGCCUUGCAUCAAGUCCAUCCCCAACUCCCGUCACCACAGAGAGUAAAAACUCUGGGACAGAGGCUGGGAUGGAUGCAGGCAUGGGGAACCAGCCAACCAGGGUGCUGGCUCCUCGGCCUUUGGGGAUCCCUCUAGAAAAGAAGCCCCCGGAUAAGAACAUGGCUGCUGCAGUGCCAGUACCAGUGAUACCCGGAAACACUGUAACAGGGCCCAUGGCUUUGACUCGAACAGAAGAGGAGGAGCCAGCAACAAAAGUGACUUUCCUCAUUGGAGACUCCAUGUCUCCCGAGUCAGACACAGAGAGCCGCAGAAGGAAAGUGGAGGAAGAAUUUAAGAAGCACAAGAAACACCUCAAGGAUAAACAUCCGCUUCCCCAGCAGCUGCUGCUGGAUCAGCAAAAACAACCGCAUCAUCAAGGGCAGCUACAGCAGCUGCAGAGAGAUUCAAAGACCAGCAACACCAGUGCAUCAGAGGACCAAACCAAACAGACCAAGGCGGCUCCAGCCCUGCAGAGGGUGUCCAGUACGAUGCCUAAGUGGAGAACAGAGUGUAUGAACGAUUUUGAUAGUUACUGCAGCCUAGAGAACCCCGAGAACCCCACGAGGACUAUGGACGAUGUGGCCAAAGGACAGACAGCCAGCACUAUGGACAGUAUGCACAAAGACUUGCUGGACCCCUCGGGAGUCCCCCAGCCUGGUGACCUUGUAAGUCACAGCUUACAAGGUGCAGUCAGAAGUCAGGGUUUGGGUCUCUGUUUAGGUACAGCUAGUAGAGAGGUAGGGUCCAGCAGGAAGGGAGACACUUUGUUGGAUGUCCAGAGGAGGUGCAGGUGUGGAUCUACAGAUUCCUCCGACACCUGCUGCUGCAGGGGCUGUUCUGCUGAGCAGGACAAGGGUCUUCUGUUGUCAGUCCCCGUCCCACAGGAUGGAAGCAGCAACAGCAAAGAGGACCAAAAGCGCAAAGCGGUACCCGUCAAUGACUGGGAAAUACCGCGCAACGAGAGCUCAGACAGCGCGCUGGGGGACAGUGAGAGUGAGGAGACAGAGGACUGGCAAGAGGAAAUGUUGGUGCCCUUCCCAGGGUCAAAGUUGGUGGAGAACUACUCAAAGCCAAGCAUUGCCAAUUUUGGACGGUCUCUGUUUGGAGGCUACUGCCCCACCUACGUGCCAGACUUUGUACUGCAUGGGAUGCCCAGCGACGAGAAACUACGGCAGAGCCUCAUGGCUGAAUUAACCCAUGCAGUUCAGCAUCCAGUAUUGGAUGAGCCUAUAGCAGAGGCCGUCUGCAUUAUAGCAGACACCGACAAGUGGACAGUACAGGUGGCCAGCAGUCAGAGACGAGCCACAGACGUCAACAAGCUGGGGAAGGAAGUCCUGGUGUCGAGCCUAGUUUCCAGCUUAUUGCAGUCCACUCACCAGCUCUACAAACUCAACCUCUCACCCAAUUUUUGUAUAAUGCACCUUGAGGACCGCCUACAGGAAAUCUACUUCAAGAGUAAGAUGCUCGCUGAGUAUUUGAAGGGCCAGACAAGAGUCCAUGUGAAAGAAUUGGGCAUGGUCUUAGGAAUCGAGUCCAGCGACCUUCCUCUGUUGGCUGCAGUGGCCAGCACUCACUCGCCCUAUGUGGCCCAGAUCCUACUAUGAGACUCUAACGGCCCUAAGGUCCCAAGCUCCCAAGUGAGCUCUCUGAGGAAACCAGUCAAACCAGUCAAACCUGGAUGGUGCCACUUUUGGCCCCCAAAAACAACCGUCCAUGCUCUGCACCUGACUCCCCCGCCUCUCCACAUGGUUUCCCAAUCUGCGUGCCUGAGGCUAAACGGCAUCUUUGCUCCGAGCAGUGCACGUCUUUUACGGACCACAGCCAGCACCUCCCCUCACUACCACUGCUGCUCAAUUUGUUGCAAUGCUGAUGUUGCACCACAGGGGGGAACUAGAGACCACAGUCCCACAGAUGGAGCGAGGCUCUGCGGAUGACUGAAGCAUCCCUGAAAUGACCUUCUCCUGUUUGAAUGUUUCUUUUAAAACAAGACUCUUUUUAUUUUUGGACACAAAAGCCAAAGACUUUAUUAUUUUUUUCCAGUUACGAUUUAAACUUUAAGAUAUCUACAGUAUACCAACAAUGGAUUUUGUUUCUUCUACUGCUUUUUUUUUUUCCUCCCGGCACAAUCUUAAACCCGGUCGUACGAAGUGACGGACUACAAGUUUAAAGGAAACAGAUGAUUUUUUAACAUUACUUUGAGGUAAAUAUCAUUGAGAACAAUAUCAAUCUCAUGCCAAUUAUUUUAUUUUGUUUAUCUUCAUGUAUUUGUUUACAAGCCAAAUUUCCCUUCUCAAUGACAACUUUUACUUUCUUGUCAAAUGGCAAUGCACACCUGACAUAAUAGCCGAUUUUCUGGCCAUGCAGGCGUAAUCGAUGCUCUCUGUGAUUUCUUUUUUCUUUCUUGGGUUCUACAAACUGGUUUUGAAAUGGCUAAACGUAGCUUUGACAUUCUUAUCAUAGGUACAGCACUACCUCAGAUCUUCAUAUGGGCGGUAGAUGACACACUUACAGUUGCCCCAUAGAAAACCCUGAGGUAUACUUUUUAAGCUAUUUUAAUCAGAGAAAUGUAAGCGUCAACUGUGUGCAGACUCUAUGCUGUGUUCUUUGAAAAAGGGAAGGCUGUUCAAUUCUUUAGGAUGAUCGUUACAAAGAAGAGAAAAAAAAAACAAAAAAAAACAGAAGAAAAAAACCUAGUUUUGCUUCAGAAUGUGAUUUAAGGAGGAGAAAGGGUCCCUUUCUACUGUGGAAAAGCUAAAACAUGCAUCAUCUAUGUAUAUUUUAAAAAACAAAAUGCUGAAAUAUUUUCACACUUUUAUAGCUUCCCCCACCUUUCUACGAUGUUUACGGCUUCGAUGUUUGCUGCAGAGAGUAGAGGAACACAGUAGGCCUUAUAGUGGAUUAAAACAUAUAUCGUUUAACACUAUUUUCAAACAUGUUUCUACGACGGUUUUACUUACUAAAACACACACAAUACAAAACUAUAGUAGCACAGUAUUUUUGUUUUCUUUUUAAUUUUCCAUGACAUUGACAGAUAGAUGAUUUUGGUUGUUUUGCUAUAUACCCAGGGUGCGAUUUUUCUGAGUGAAAAGGGAGCUUGAGUUGCUUUCACAGCUUCUGUUUCUGGUUUCUCUCCUGGGCAGAAUGUAUAACCUGUAGCGGGAACAGAAUUUUAAUGGUUCUCUCUUUUUUUGUUGUUGUUGUUGUCAUCAGCAUUGGAAAUUAAUCAAGUUUUUCGUUAACUGCAGAUAAAAUGGUAUGACUUAAAAUUUUCUCAGUCACUGACAGUAUUGCGUAUUAAACGUAGUCAAAAGAAGAGAGGAACUUCUGAGUUUCGGAUUUACACAUGCACAUCCAUACAGUCCUCCACAGUUGUACUGUGAUUUUAGCCCAGCAAAUUGACCGUGAUAGCAAGGGAAUUGUAGGCAGAUGGACAAAGUUUAAUUUAGCCAGCUUAGUAAAAACUGUACAUUUCUAAAUGUUUUACUGAAUGCAUCUCAGGCCUCUCAAACACUGUUUGUAACAGAGCUUGUUGAUGGAUUUUAGGUUCACACUAAGUUAAACUUUACACUGAGAAUGGCUCUUAAGUGUAACCCUGAGAACAGUGUUUGUUUGUUUGUUUCUUUCUUUUAACUCAAAUCGCACCCUGUAUAUGACCCAAGUCUUAAUGGAGAGCAUGAAUGCAUCACAGGCUUCUGGGGAGCUCAUUUUGCUGGUAAAAUUGAUAUAUACAUGCUUAUUACUGUAUUGAUAAUGCUCCGCUGUAUCAGCCUACAUUUUAUACAACCCAGCCAUUAUGUUUAAAAGGUAUGAAUUUAUAUCUGCUUUUCCCUCUUUGUAUAUAAAUAAAUUAUUUAGUUGCCCAUGGUAUGUGUAAUGGUUCAUGUAAACUGUACAUACUCAGUUUAUUUCCAUGUAUUUGUACAGAAUGUCUUUUAAGAAUUGUCUCCUCAAAUUAUUUUUUCCCAAUUUUAUGGGAAUGUUGUGCAAUAAAGAUGCCGAUGUUAAGAAUU